CACUGAUUUUCCGGCAGAUACUGGUUGGGUUUAUCCUCGUUUCUGUGGGCCUCGGAUCAACGUUCUUAUUGUACCUAACAUGUUCAAGUCUACUGGAUAGAUGGCCUGCUCAAGGCCAUGUCACCAUCUGCUGUCAGAGCCUAUGUCGAGUACAGCAUAGAUAACUUCUCUCCGUAUUGAAGCGAAAAGCAGACAAAGAAGCCUGAGAGCUAUGGGGUGUACCUUGGCGAGUUCAAAAAAUCCUCCUACGAGCCAUCAGAUGCAAAUGCUGUCAGAAUGGGAAUUCCUCAUCUUUGAUCCGCCGCAACCGGGUAUGGUGGACGCGAUGUCCUCUGGAUUUUAUCCUGUCUCAUCGCAGUCUCUGGCCCGGCCCGACAUCGAGUAUGUGGUGGGUCAUGCUGAGCUACCUCACAUAGUCUCCCUGGUCGAGUGGGUUGCAAGACACAUCGAACACUCCGCGAAGAUGACUGGUCAUCAUUGCUGCUUUACCGGCCUCGUCUUCAGCAAUUGGAACAACUGUCUUCCGUCCUCGGCGCUGGAAACUUUCAUUCGCUUCCUUAGUUCGCUCGGGCUCUCUGUCUAUCUUAAAGUUUGUGCUCCGCAUUUGCUUCGCAAUGUCAGUUUGGCUGAGCUAGACGACGUGACGGGUCUGGUGAUCUAUAAUGGAACCAUUAUGCAGAAUGGGGAAGAGCGAGAUGCAUUCCAGAUGCCAGCUAUGAGACCGACCAUAAAGGUAUUUGUCUCCCAAGCCUGCUUGCGCAGCUUUGUGGUCCUUCUUUGGGAGACCCUCGAUAAUGAUAUCGAACCUCUAAACGCGGUCAUAAAGAGAAGUUAUCAAUGGUCGAAGUUCUAUAGUGCGUUGCCAUGGAUUGGAUCAGCAUCAGCACUUAGGUCUGCCCAAUUAUCGAGUUGUCAAGAUGAACCAUUGGGUGCUUUCGAUUGGCUGAAAGAACUUAAAGUCAUGAAGAUGCACGAAAAGUGGCGGACCAACCAGUAUAUAAGUGUCUUUUAAUUGGGGCUUUUCAGAUUGAGCUACGACCAUAAUUUCCCCGCAAUAAUUUACACGACACUCAACGGCGAAGCCAUCGGCACGCCGCCAAUCAUCCGGUGGGAUCAUUUGGGUGUACUCAAGAAGCCCACUAAAUUCAGCUUCCACCACGAUGACCCGCUUAUUACCUUAUAUCGUUGAAGUCGCAUGCUUUAACAAGAUGACUAGGACUAGG